AUGGAUUCCAUUGCGCCAAGUCCUCUUGUAGCCAUCGCUCCCGGGAACGUCAUUAUGAAGCAUCUGGAUGCGCCUUGGCUUGAACCUGGCAUCAAGUUUGAGUUGAGCGGCAAGACCCAACAGAUCAUCCGUGUGGAGCUCACGCAGAUUCUUGACAAAAUGCGUGUGACCACCAUCGGCAAUCCGGAAGCGGACGUCUCGAAUACUUGCACAUUUUAA